UAACCGAGUCUGCCCUCCUGUCCCCUUCUGUACGAGUCCAUCAGCGCGUCUUCAUUUGGGCGUCUAUCCCCGUCGGAGAGCAGCAGAUCAACAGCAGGCCUCCACCUUCAGAGAAACCAGAGCCGAGCUGAUCAGGACCAGAGGAUGGGGAGCAGAGAGGGACUGUUUCUGCUGGGCCUGCUGUGCCUGCACAGCUCAGCGUGGGGUCAGGAGAUCGGUGUGCUGGUGUUCUGUGAUGACCCGGCUGUGGAGAAAUCUGUCAUCAGCGCUCUGGACAAGUUCAACGAGGGCAUGACCAGCGGACACAAACUGGCCCUUUAUCAGAUCCUGUCGGCCUCGAAGUCAGAAAAGGGCUCAGACUCCAAGUACUCCAGUGCACUUCACCAGCGAAGAAGAGCAACUGUCCAGCAGGGAGCAGGCAAACCCUGGACAGACUGCGGCCAUCUGCUGUCCUGGAAACCAGAUGAUCCCGUCGUCAGGGAGCGAGCUCCAUGUCUGGGCUGUCCGAUGGUAAUUGAUGGGAACUCAGAGGAACUUAAGGUUCCACUCUCUGCUUCCAUCUCCAGCUACAAAACUCCGCGUCCAACUCUACGCACCUGUAUCAACCUCGACAGUGUCGGCCAUGCCACCAGACAGGUGGUGGCAGGUUUUAGGUUCAAAAUUUGGUAUGAUAUGAAGAAGACCAUCUGUGCCAAGUCUGAACAUGAAGAGCUCAACAGCCUGUGUGUCCCUGAUGAGAGAAACCUGGAAUUUGUCAACUGUAAUGCCACGGUUGAUGUUGCACCGUGGAGACACGUCCCACCACAUCCCAUAGACGAAUGUGAACCAGGUCUACUGCCUCCCACGAUACUGGCCAGGCGCCGUCCUCCUGGAUUUACUCCACUCAGGACUUUCGAAAUCUUGGGCAAUACCACCAAGUCUUUGCUGUCAUCCACCCAGGCCUCAUCAAAAGAAGAGUCUUCUGAGGAGGAUACAACCGGCCCAAAGCCCUCUGGUUCUCCUGAUGUGACCAACAGCCCCUUCCACUGUCCUUCUAUGCCCUGGAAACCCUCCAGCCAGGCAGGACCUGAUUCAACACCUCCAGCAGCUGACACCUUCACUGACCUAGACCUGGUGGGAUAG